UGCUCCGCCCUAGUUCAACUAUAUCGGUCAUACAACGCAAUCUAAAUGUACUUUUACAAGUAUCAGUCAGUAUCAAAACAUGUUGACAAAGAAGUGAUAUUUCAGACAUGAACACAGGAACCAGACUAGGACCUAGUCACGAGGGUACAUUCAUGGACUAGGCUUACACCCACCAGCCACUGAAAUAUUAGUUAAUUAUGGACACAUUUCUAGACAGAAAGACGAACUAGACAUGGAUAUAUCAACUGGACAUUACUUUCAAGACAUGGAUGUAUCAACUGGACAUUAGGCCUACUUUCUAGACAUGGAUGUAUCAAUUGGACAUUACUUUCUAGACAUGGAUGUAUCAACUGGACAUUACUUUCUAGACAUGGAUGUAUCUACUGGACAUUACUUUCUAUACAUGGAUGUAUCAACUGGACAUUACUUUCUAGACAUGGAUGUAUCAACUGGACAUUACUUUCUAGACAUGGAUGUAUCAACUGGACAUUAGGCCUACCUUCUAGACAUGGAUGUAUCAACUGGACAUUACUUUCUAGACAUGGAUGUAUCAACUGGACAUUACUUUCGAGACAUAGACAUAAACCACCAGGACUGCCAAGUGUUCAAAGUCUGCUCGAAAUCCAGUACCACGAUCAUGUAGUUCCGCUUCACAGCCCCAGGUCAAGGUGACCUGCCCCAAAUCUCAGCCACUCUCAGAAAUGACGGUGAAGAGUUUUGACCAGGUUCCAGGCCCAAGAGGAGCAGCUAGAUUGCCGUUAGUGGGGGCCGCAUUUUUGUUCAAGCCAUUUACCAAGAAUGUGACAGCACGACCUGAUCUGUUAGCUAUCAACCUACACAAGCAGUACGGUAACAUUGUGCGCAUAGAGCUUCCUUUCGGGACGACCGUCUUCUUGAAGGAUCCCAAGGACAUGCUGACUGUCAUGGAGAAGGAAGGACGCACUCCAGAACGGCCCAACUUCCCACUCAUCAUGACCUACUUGAAAUCUCGUAACGUCAAAACUUUAGCCACCUUGAAAGGAGAAGAUUGGAGACGUCUGCGCAUGAAGGCACAACCGUCAUUUCUUCGGCCUGGCUCUGCUGAUCCAUAUCUUCCAGCCAUCGAAAAGGUCGCAGACGAUUUGGGGAACUAUGUGGAGAAAUACGGCCACGAAGACUUUCGUGACGUCAUAUUCUUGUACAUUUUAGAAUGCUUGUUUCAAUUUUGUUUUCAUCGACGUCUUGGCGCCCUCACGGCCACUGGCUUGAAAGAAAACAACUUGACGGCCACAAAGGUCAAAGAGCUGGUUACCACGCUUGCCAAGUUACCAAUCUUACCAUUGUACAAACUGUGGAGAACUAAGGAAUACAGGAUCAUUGAGAGUAGCAUGGACCAUCUCUUACAAAUCUCGUCCGUGGAAGUCCAACGAGUUAUCAAAUCUCUGCGCGAUGAAGAGUGCAGAGAGUCCGAUGGUCCUCACUUGAUUGAAAGACUGCUGGCACACUCUGGCAUGACGGAACAAGAGGCUGUCAUGACGAUGAGUGACUUCUUCUUUGGUGGCUCUGACACUACAUCCAAAAACCUGGCCAUGAUCUUCUAUCACUUAGCCAAAAACCCAGAUCAACAAAAACUUCUGCACCAGGAGCUGGCAUCUGUUGCUGCUGACGGUAACAUCACCAGCGAAGUCCUAGACAAGAUGGAGUUUUUGAAAGCCUGCGUGAAAGAGUCAAUGAGGUUGACCUAUCCUUUGGCUCCAGGACCAAGUCGAAUUCUGCAAGAGGACCUGGUUCUAUCUGGGUACCAUGUACCAAAAGGGACGAUGGCGACACUUUGCAAUGUGGCCUACCUUCACGACCCCGACUUUGUGAAAACUCCUUUGGAGUAUGUUCCUCAGAGAUGGUUACGUGACAAAGAUAGACAGAAGAAUGAGACUAUACCAACUGUCUGUUUCUUGCCUUUUGGUAUAGGUGGCCGCAUGUGUUUGGGUAAAAGAUUUGCUGAACUGAUAAUAUACCUGAGUCUGAUCAAGGUCCUGCAGAAGUACGAGAUGACGCUGCAAGCUGAAAGCCUAGGCGCUGAAAUAGUUUAUGAAAUAUUUCCAACUAUAAAUAAACCGUUGAAGAUUAAUUUUAUACCUCGGUCCAGCACGUGACCAACUAGAGAGCUUGCCAUUGGCUGGUAGUCCUGAAGCGUGGUCGUUUGUUAUGUCAUACGUUUAACUAAUCAAAGCUUAUUCUACAUUCCAAAAGUCCAUUUCAUUCGCUCAUUCCAUUGUAUAUUUUGCUUCAAAGCUAAGUUAUACACUCUAUAUCAUAGACAUAUGUACACAUUUAAAUGAUAUUAUUGGAUAGACUGGAGCAUUGAUGUAAACAAAUUUUCAAUGCUUAUUCAGUGCCAUAUUUACAAUUUAAAAGGCCCUAAAGUCUUUGAGAUGCGGGCACUUUUUGGGAUCUGUUAUAAGUCCAGAUAUUAUAUGUCAAUGCUAAAUAUUUCUUGGAGACCUAAUCUAUAGCCUGUAAUGACUAGAGGUAAAUCCGGCCCUGUAUCAAGUAAAUAUAUAGCACGUUACAUGUGUACACAGACUGGAGACAUUUCAGAAGAACAACGAAACCUAGAUGUAUAGAAUGAUUUCGAUUGAGCCUGGACACUGGAUUAGGUCGUCUUCAUAUCCGCACUCACGAUCUAGGCUCAUUUCCUUGGGCAUCUAGAUUUGAUGGAGAAUUUCAAUGAGGUUUUUAUAUUCUUAUUUUCUAUUGAAAAAAAAAAAGUAUUGCAUGAAUUCGUUAGGGUGUACACACACACACACACACACACACACACUCGCGGUGUCUUAGUUAGUUAAAAAAAGAAAAGAAAUAGGAAUUAGCUGAAAUAAAGUUGUUGUUUUUUUCGAAGGCGUCUACUUUGUUAAAUUAAAAAAAAGGAUGAAUAAAGUAAAACAUGAGUACAAAUAUUUGGAGACAGGAUCUGGAACGAAAUAUAAAAAAAGAACAAUAAAGGUUUCUGUUGGGGGCGUUUUAGAACGUGACCAAACGUGACCUAGAGUGACCAAACGUGACCAAGUCCAUGGACAAGGUUAGAAAGUAGUGAGAAAACGUUCAUUUUCGUAACGUAGAAUUCGAAGUGCUCUAUAUUGUAAGUGAGGCGCUAAUAGAUUUGUACACUAUAGAGUAAUAGACAUUCAUCUUUAAAAUAGGCUUUGAAAAGUACAAAAAAAAAAAAAAUAAAAUUAUUUCCCUAAAGGUUUUCAAUAUUAGAUGCAGCAAUAAAAGAUCAAAGAGUGGAAAUAAUCCGAGUAAUAAUUUAUUUUGUAUGCUAUGUUGUGCGUAUCCACUAUUGUGUAAAUAAAAUAACAAUUUUAUAUUGAAACCUAUGUGAGAUGAUUCUUUGAAUCCAGAAUGUGUGUAUUAAGAUGUAUAUCUUUGAUAUUGUCAAAAAACAUUUUUGCAAGAAGUUUGUGGUCUGUAGUUGUGAUUUGAAUCAAAAUGUAAAGCAUGGCAUUAACAUCGUGAAUAGUUUAUUAUUUUUCAAAUUUAAGUUUUUAAUCUUUUAUUGACUUUGUAAUACUUUGCGAGGUAUGGAUUAUCUCUCUUUAACUCUUCUCUCCUUCAUGGUGUAACAGAUUGUCUCCCUUUGCGAAAAUAGGUGUGACACCAUCCAAACCAGAGAUCUUGGAUUCUCUUACAGACUACAGUAGGACAUACAGUCAUCAUAUCUAGACAUCUGCUCUGCAGUUGGGAUCGUCCACACUAAGGUUCCUAGCUAGAAUUGUGCCUCUGUCUUGGACAAGGACGCAAAUCUCUGCGAGUACAUCUGCAUCUAGAGCGUGUCCCCAAUUAGACCAUUUGUUGAAAGAACACAU